UCCAUUUUCACAUUUGUUUACAAAAUCUGUUUGAUGUAGGCUCGCACAAAACCUAAUGAUGGCAGCCCACUUUCUGAAAUUAAAGCAUCUGCAAUGUUUAAGGCAAACGAAGCAGCAGCAUGUUUUCAAGCAGAUAUCAAGUGUGGUUGCAGAUAGGGCACCCCUCAUUAGUGUACUUUCGAAACCACAGUUUGUUUCCAUGACAACAAGUAGUCAGACCAAAGAAAAGGAAAAUCCAGAUUCGGCAGCAGUCAGAAAAACAGAUUACAAGGCAGAGGUGACGCAAGUGGAACAAGAACCAGAUGAGAUUGAUUUGUACAGAGAGAAGUAUAUACCCAUUACUAGAAGAACACUGAUAAGGAGAAUCAUAGAGGAGAAGAAUUUACUGACGGCACAGGAACAGAGGAAGUUUGACGAGUUUGCCAUUGCUUUGGACUCUGCCAUUGUCCAAGAGUACCAUGGCGUUCUGAAUGAACUCAAGACGUUGUUUGACCCAGUCAAUCCAGAUAAAGACACAAUGCCUUCACAACGGUUCACUCGCACAGAGAGGUUAGACAAUGAAUUCUGGCUCCUACAGAAGCUUGAAGAUGUUAUGGAAAAGGCGAAUUUCCAUAAACUGUCAGAUGAUACUGUGACUAAGGCUCUACAAGAACACACAAAUCAAGGCAUCAGGGUGAAAGUAGAUAAAGAUCAGUACAACAAAUUAAGUAUGUGGAUUCUGGGGAAGGAGGUGGUCCCUGUCAGUGUGCCAUGGUACAAAUCUCUGUUCUCUAAAAAAUCGGAACCAAAGAAACCAAAACCAGAAUAUCUCAAAAGAGUGGUCGUCAUCUGUCGGCUCAAAGGAGACCACAAAAUUAUGCUCAAGUGCUUCAAAGAGGUCCCUGCAACAUCUCUUGAGAUGCUUCUGCCAUCCGGGCGAACGAGAAUGAGCGUAGGGGACAAGCUUCUCUUGGCAGGCUCCACCGCUGUAGGACUCUUCACUGUUGUUGGGGAGGUCACAUUAUUUUUAGCUUACAGUAAAUUAUAUUUUAUGAAUCUAGUGCUUCCAACCGUGCUAGCUUCACUUCUGACGGGAACGAUGGUGUUGUUUAACUACACUACCAAAAGUAAGAAAUACCUGGAGGACUUGCAUAGGAUUUCUUAUUUUAAAACUGUAGCCAACAAUCGGGGAUUUCUCGCUUUAAUGGUGGACCGAGCUCAGGACGAGACAUUUAAGGAGGCCCUGAUAGUGUAUCUGUGCAUUCUAUCCCACCGACCCCCAGGAGCAAGACAGGAAGACACCGGUUACUACCAGAUGGUUAUUGCAGAACUAGGUGGAACAACAGAAGAGGUGAUAAACAAGUGGGCAGAAGACUGGGUCGUCAAAGUGACCGGGAUUCCAGUAGAAUUUGACUCCUCGGAAGCGGUGCAGCUCCUGAGAAACCUAGGAAUUCUUAAAGAACACAAGGAUAGACUGUCUGUGUUACCAUUAGAGGCAGCCAUUAAAAAUCUUCCUCGGCAGCCAUUUUCUGUCAUUGUCAGGGCUAAUGAGGUGUCUCUAAAUGAAGGAAUGGACAGGGAUGAGUUUCUGGAAUCAGAAAGACAAUACAAACGGGAUGACGUGAAGUCGAUGAAAUAUGGCUGGUUCUCCCGGUUCCUAUGAUCCAGGCAUGCAGGCAGUGAAUUGACCACACAGUACAAAAUUGGUGCCUUUCGGUCAACAACAUUUUAAUGCCCCUAUGAAAUUAAGAUAAUCUUUCAUUACUCUGCAUGAAAAUCGGUAGUUUAACUCCAUGAUUAUAGCGCAAGGUGUUUAAAAAAUGUAUUACCUGGUACCAAUAUUUUGAAUAAUGAUACAUAGAAUAUUUAUGUGAUCUGAAAAGUCAUUUAUGAUUCUAUAAAUUUGUCUCUGUGUAAGGAAUUAUUAUUGCUAGUUCAUGGUAAACAUUUCAGUUGUGCAUACAUGUUUUGUAGGUACUAAUCAUUUACAUAUCAAAGCUUUCCAUGAUAAUCCACAAAAGACACUGAAUAUAACUGGCAUCAGUAUUUCUUCAUGAUGUUGACUAUCAGAAUUUGUUGACCAGUGGGUAUAAAACCCUAGAUAUCUGUGAUCAAAGAAGUAUUUGAGUUGUACAGGCAGUGUCAAUACCUCCAUGCUGCCUGGAUGUAUGACUUAAGAAAAAAUAUAUUUCAGUGCACUUCGACAGAUAAACCAGAAGUGUAUCGAAUUUUGUCGGCAUAUUUAUUGGUGGAGAUUGUGAUUGAGUUUGUUAUGAUUUUAUGUUGGGAUCUGCUAUUAAAUGUGAAUUAAGUUGUGUGAACUAUUUUGUCUCUUAUCUCGGAAUACUUUAUUAAAGCUGAUGUGAUUAAAUGAGAUAAAUUUCA